AUGAAAGCAACUCUUUAAUACCUAAUUUUUAAGAGAUCCUUGAAAUAAGAAAUAAAACUUGAUAAUCAAAUCGAUAAAAAAGGGUAGAAAGAAAAUACAGAAAAAGCUAGUUAAAGUCCAGAAAUAUUAAAUUUGAUGACUGUAGAUUAAGAACAUGUUUUAGAAAUGUAUUUUGGAAUAAUAGAAACAACUAGCGGCAUUUUAAUUCUUGCAAUUGCACUCUAUCUUAUUUAUUUAAAAAUCGGCUCAUCUGUACUUACAGGAAUAUAUGUGAUGAUCGGCGCUUUAUUUUUCAACAUGAUUCUAACAAUAUUUUUAGGCGUUAUAUUUUAAGUUACUCUAAAAAGAAAAGAUGAAAGAGUGUAACUAACAAAGGAUGUUCUUUCUGGCAUUAAAAAUAUCAAAUACUUUGGUUGGUAACAAAUUUUUGAGAACAAAAUAAGUCUUCUAAGAUAAAAGGAGUAGAAGUCUCUCUUAUAGGUUAGGAUUAUGUUUGCCUUAGUUACUAUGUUUUGGUCAAGUAUAAGCUAUAUUCUUCUCUAUACAUUUUUAAUUAAAUAUGUUGAUGAUGAUAAUUCUAUUUAAUAGACUAAUGUAUUCACAAUAAUAGCUUUAUUUGGUUAUUUAACUUAGCCUUUAUCAAGUUUACCAUGGGCUGUUAGUAGUAUUAUCUAAUCUUUCGUUUCAUUCAACCGAAUAAAUUAAUUUGUUAAUUCAGAGGUCUGUUUAAUUGACAGAAAUAGUCAAAUUUAAGAAGAUAACGAUUUUGCAAUAGAAAUUAUAAACAAAAAAUUUGACUGGUCUUUUAAAAAUAGAUUAGAUAAAGAUUAACAUUUUAAUGAAAUUGAUUAAGAUUAAUUAAAAAAAAAUGACAUCGAAAAUUAGUCUGAUAUAAAUUUGAAUGAAGAGCUAAAAUCAAGAUUAGUAGAAAAUCAUGAAAGUAGCUAAAUAAAUAAUGUUAAUUCUGAAAAAAAUAAUUUUGAGAUCUAUAUUCCUUCUCUGAAAAUAAAAAAGGGGACUCUUAACUUUAUUAUAGGAGAAAUAGGUUCAGGAAAAAGCAGUUUACUUUUAGCUGUUUUAGGAGAAAUGAAUGAAUAAAAUUUACCUUAUAACUUAUAUGAAUCUUCAUAAUCUUAUGAAUCUUAUUUAUAAACUUAAGGCUAAAAUAAAAUAAUUCUGGGUGGAAAAAUAUCAUAUGUCUCUUAAAAUCAUUGGCUAUAAAAUAAAUCAAUUAGAGAUAAUAUUUUGUUUGGAAAAGAGCAUGAUGAAUAAUGGUACAACAUAUGCUUGGAUGCUUGUUAGCUAUUAGAAGAUUUAAAUUCAUUCAAAAAUAGAGAUUAAAAGCUCGUAGGUCCUGAUGGAAGCAAUUUAAGUGGUGGAUAAAAGUAGAGAAUCGCUAUAUGCAGGGCGGUUUAUUCAAAAAGUAAUAUCUAUUUAUUUGAUGAUAUAUUUAGCAGUCUUGAUAUUCAUGUAGCUGAUUAAAUUUAUGAAAAAGUAAUUCAACAAAUUUUAAUAAAUCAAUUAAAAUGCACUGUGCUUUUUGUGACUUCUCACUACAAAAUUAUAUAAUAGUCUGAUGCAUCUCAGAAUAUAAUCUAUAUUGAAAAGGGAAUAAUAACUCUAGAUAAAGAUAUUAUAGCUAACUAUUUAUCCAAAUCCGAAUCAUUCUUAUCUCAAAAUAUACUCUCUAAUUCAUUAAGUAAAGAGAAGUUAAGUUCAAUUUAAAAUUAAAAUAACUUCAAAUUUCAAAUCAAAAGUAAUAAAUAAUUUUUAAAGGAAGAAGAGGAAAAAAUUGAUGAUAAUGAGAAAGAUGAUGUAGAAGAAAAAAGAGAGAAAGGUAACAUAAAAUGGGAAACUUACUUAACCUAUCUAAAAUCAUUAGGAUUAAUUUUAUUUUUGCUUUUUGUUUUGCUGGAAAUAACUGCUUAAGCAAGCUUUAUACUAAUUGAUUUUUGGCUAAAGGAUUAAUCUCAGGAUAUAAAUGAUAGAUAAUUAAGUUUUUUAAAUGACUAUUUUCAUGGUUUUAGAAAUACAUUUACUUUUUUAAUUUUAGCAAACUUAGCAUUUUAGUUUUUUAAAAUGCUUAUAUAUGUCUUUUCAACCUAAAAAAGUUGUUGUAUGCUUUUUAAAAAUCUAAAUUAAUCAAUCAUGAGAAGCAAAAUGAAAUUCUUUGACGAAAAUCCAUCUGGAAGAAUAAUUAAUAGAGUUUCAGAAGACUUAAUCUAAGUUGACCAAGCUUUACCCUUUAUACUUUUGAUUUUGAUAACUCAAAUAUCAACUACCUUAUGGUAUGCUAUAGGAAUAUGCAUACAACUUCCUUGGAUAAUAUUGUUGUUUUUCAUCGGAUUUUUCAUGACAUUUAGAAUUUAGAAAAAUUUUAAGGUUGCUAAUAGAGAAAUUAAAAGGCUUUUGACAGUGAAUGAAGGAAAGCUGUUAAACCAAAUAUAAGAGUCAUGCAAAGGGCUAAUAAUCAUAAGAGCGUUUAGUUAAUAAAAGUAAAUGUUAUAAAAUUACUUAGAUUGUCUUUACAAUUAUUCUAAAUCAUAUUUACUUUCGUAAGGACUUUAAGCUUGGAUAAUGAUUAGAUUGUUGAUGAUUAAUAGUUUAAUUUUGGGAUUCAUAGUUAUAACAGCUAUCUUUUUUAUUUUCUUUUAAUUGACAACUUAUUUUUCUACUGUGUCUAUGUGUUUAACUUAUGCAAUGACUAUAUCAGCAGUUUUCUGUGAAUUAAUUUUUUCUUUUUUCAACCUAGAAUAAAUUUUGGUUAGUGUAGAAAGACUUAGAUAGUACUUUGAUAAUUAUUAAGAAUAACCUGAAAUUAAGAUUUGUGAAUAAGACACAUAACCAAUUACUUAAAGUAGCAUUAAAAAAUCAAAAUAAAUAAAACAUACUAUCAUAAAUGAUAUACCAGCCUUUUAUUCAGAAGAUAACAGAGAAAAUUAUCAUUUAAUAUUUGAUAAUGUUUUCCUUAGUUACGAUAAGUAAGACUAUCAUUAAGUGUAAAAAAAUGAAGUUUAAGUAGAAUAUCCUGUAUCGUUUGCUUUAAAAGGGUUAUCAUUUAAGAUCAAGAAAGGAGAAAAAGUGGCCUUCUAUGGAAGAACUGGAAGCGGAAAAACUUCAGUAUUAAACGCUUUGUUUAAUUUAUAUUAAAUUGAAAAAGGAAAUAUUUACAUAGAAAAUAGAAAUAUAAAGCUUUUGUCUAUCAACGAACUCAGAUCUAAACUAUCAAUUAUUCCUCAGUUUGGUUUUGUUUAUGAAGGAACUUUGUUAAAUAACUUAGAUCCACUAAACUAAAUGUAAAAAGAAGAUAUACUGCAAAUUUUAAAUUAAUCCUAAUUGAAUAUAAAGGGCUGUCUUUAGGAUACUCAUUUUAAUUCAAAAUAAAAUAAUUUAAAUGAAAAUGAAGAUAGUAAUAACAACAAUAACGUUAAUUUAGACUUAUAAAUUUAAUAAUCUGGAUAGAAUUUAUCAAAUGGAGAAAAACAAAUUAUAAACUUUUUCAGAAUUUUACUUUAAAAAGCUGAUAUUGUUUGUUUAGAUGAAGCUACUUCUAAUAUGGAUCCUCAUGCUGAUAAGCUUCUGCAUAAACAUCUGUUUGAGUUUAGUAAAAAUAAAACUUUGAUUGUGAUAGCCCAUCGUUUAGAAAAUAUCAAAAAUUUUGAUAGAGUUUUUGUUAUGGAUUCUGGAAAUAUAGUAGAGCAAGGUCAUAUUGACUAGUUAAUUUAACAUGAAAAUGGGUUUUUUUCUCAUUUAAAAGAGACUCUUUGA